UACAGCUAAAGCGCAACCGUUUUCCAACACAGAAAAUAAAACCACCAGCAAAAUGAUGGCUAUGAAAGGCAAAAUCCAAUGGAAAAUAAUAGUGUAAUAAUCAAAAUGUUAAACUAUAACCAACUCUCUCUAUAUAGUGAUAAAAAUGGUGGCGCAAAUUGAUUGAAAGAACUGGUAGUUUAAAAAAAAAGUAACUGUGCAAUGUCAUCAUCAACAGUUAAAUACCAGUCUAAAUAGUUGGUUAAACUGAUCCCAAUCAUAUCAAUCAAUUUUUUUCAGCGGACAAUGAUUUGCCAAUUUCUAUUAAUUUUGUUGGCCAUAACUUUUUUAUUGUGUCCAUACGCUUACAGUCAGCCACUACAGCAACAACAACAGCAAUUUAAUAAUAAUAAUCAACAACAACAACAACACGAUAAUAACGAUAAAGUUACUAACAAUAAUAAUAAAGAUAAUAAGCCGGCAAACAAUGUUAGGACUGGUAGUCGAUCAGCAGCUUAUGUAGGCGGAGGCCAACGGGAGUACUAUAUUCCCACUUAUAAUAAUCCUCAACCAUAUGAAAGAUUAGUAGAAGAGGCAGAAGAACCAGAAGUUUUAUAUAAUACUAACAAUUUUGGGAAUUCAUAUCAAUAUAAUACCGCCGCCACCGCUGCCGACUAUAAUGUAGCCGACAAUAGACAACAACAACAACGGCAACCGCAAUGGCAUUUGACGCCAACGUUAGGCCACUAUAGUAGACAACAACAACAACAACUGACAACAACCCGUCAAACAUCAAAUAAUAACCGACUGAAUAAUAAUAAUAAUUACGAUAAUAGUAAUGAUAAUAGUUUUAAUAAUUAUAAUAAUCCCGACAUAACUACUAGUAGUAAUAGUCAACCAAUUAUUAUUAAAAGUCAACCAAAACUAAGUCACAAGUCUUCUUCUUCUUCUUCAUCAUCGGCGUCGUCGUUAGCUAAUGACUACAAACACCGACGGCCAUCACAAUACCCGAUCGGACCAAAUGAUGAGAUACAGACACCAUCACCACCAGCUGCUGCUGCUGUUGGUGUUGAUGCUAAUGAUGGCACAGUCGACGAUAAUAGUCGACAACGAUUACGAUCCAUAACUAAUAAAUUGAUUCAAUUCAAUGACGAACAGCAACAGAUAGCCAACAGACACGGCGCCGGUGGACAACAUCACCAUCGAAACACUGGUGGUGGUGACAUCCAAACCGCUGAUGAUAAUAGCCAUCACCAGCAACAACAACAACAACCAGAACAGCCGACGACACCAAACUUUUAUGUUAUGAGGCGUAAGUCUGCCAACAGUGGCGGCGGUGGCGGCGAUUCGGCAUUGCAGGUGUCGGCAAAUCACCGAAACAUACCGGUACCGAUGGCCAGACAACAGGAGGCCACGUCUAUCAAUGAAUCGGCUAAUGGCGGCUCGUUGGGUGAUGUCUAUUUUGUCGCAUUGGUCGCCUGUGUCAGCUCUGUCGCCAUAUUUGGCGUAAUCGGCGCCGGUAUUUGUGUCUACAAAGUUCAACAAAGUAACAAAGCAGCCGCCGAUGUCGACUAUCCGGCCUACGGUGUAGUCGGACCGGCCAGCAAAAAAGAGACCAAUUCGACCGGUGGUAGCGGUGGCGGCGGCGGUGGUGGUGGUGGCACUGGUGGUGGCGGUAAUGUAUCGCCCAGUGGCGACCGAAAACUGGCCCAAUCGGCCCAAAUGUAUCACUAUCACCAUCAGAAACAGCAGAUGAUUGCAUCGGAAAAAGCUGUUACCACUAAUCGACGCAAUUCGGCCUCAGAUGUCGAAUCCGAUGAAGAGAACGAAGAAGGAGAGUAUACUGUCUACGAGUGUCCCGGAUUGGCGCCGACCGGCGAAAUGGAGGUCAAGAAUCCCCUGUUUCACGACGAUAUUACACCAGUAUCGUCACCGCCGGUGGUCACCGGCGGCGGCGGUAAUAACUCAAAGGACAAGUAGUUCUUAUAAUAAAUGACAGACAAUUCAACCAAACAAACAAACAAAUAAAUAAAUGUACCGACGAUUAAAAUCAAUGAUAUUGAAUGACAAAUAUAAUAAUAAUAAUAAAACACAAAACUAAAACACACACAAAAUUAAUCUCUUUUAGCAAAACAAACAAACAUUAUUAUUAACUAAUAUUAACUAAUAAUUAAUUAACUAUAAUUAAUUAUAAUUAACAGCUGAUUAUAAUAUUAAAAAUACCAAAUUGAAUGUAAAAUCUAAAAAAACAUUCCCCGAUAUCUCUCUAGUCAUUUGAGACCAAAUAAUUAAUAUAAGUAAUUAACUGA